GUUGGUCUUAGAGUGUGGAAAUGUCAUUGACAACCGCUAUGGCUCAUGAUGGCUGAAGCCGAGUCAUGUUGCCCCGAAAUGACGGAAAACGUGCCAUUCGUAUUUGAAACGCGUUAUAUAACACAGAAUGUCAAUCAAAGACUUGCAGUAUCUGGAUCACUAGAAAUAUUGGGUAACUGGUCGGUAGAAACAGCUGUUAUCGCCGAAGAAACGACCGCGAACACCGGAAGAUGGCGUGUGAAUGUAGAAAUUCCAAGGAACACAUCGUUUGAAUGGAAAUGGUUGGUUAUUGAAAAUGACAGAUCGCGAGUUUACAGAUGGGAAGAAAGGCCAAACAGAAGUUUGUCGAGCGGAACGAGCCCAGCACAUGUCCGAUCUGCAUGGAAUCUUGGAGAAGAAGUAGAAAUUCCAUUAAAGUAUAAAUUCAAGCGGAAAGGUACCACCAACAGCUGCAGUGAAGAGGAAGAAGAAUGGAGUUAUCUCCCUUCUGAGGAAAUUUUACAGAGGCUAGGCAAAGCUACCGAUGGCGUUACAGAUAAUGCCAUUACUGGUACAUCUAGUUCACCUCAGAAUGGAAAUCGAAACUGUUUUAGUGGACAUCAGUCUGAAGAUAGCGAAAAACUACUGGUAUCAGAAGAAAAUAAUGACCAACAUUUUGUAAUGAAUGACUCUUUCGACCCCAAAAAUGAACCAACAAAUGUUGGUACAAACAUUGAUGAAAGUGUAAAAGAAGAACAAAGUGAGAUGUUUGACCCGUCGUCGAAGUCAUUACUUACUCGAGUAACAGAAUGGUUUUGUACAAUAUUAUAA